UCAUCACUCAGUGUUCAUCCAAAUUAAAGCAGUAUCAGCGUUGGCAUAGAAAAAUACCAGAACGAGAGACAAUCAGUUUGAAAUACAGACCACAACCCCGGGCAUUUCUUGGUUCGCUAUAAGGAUCACGUCUUUUUCAAAAUAGCAUGGCUCUCCCAGACAAUGCAAGUUCUUUCAGAUAUGGGGAAGAACAUCCCCCAUUUCCAGACAUCAUAGAGCUCAACGUUGGUGGGCAGGUUUAUAUUACUCGCUACCCUACUUUGAUUAGUGUCCAUGGUUCACUUCUGUGGGAGAUGUUUUCUCAAACAAAUGCCCGCCCCUUGGCCCGGGACAACAAAGGUCGAUAUUUCUUAGAUCGGGAUGGUUUCCUUUUUCGAUAUAUAUUAGACUAUAUGAGGGAUCAACAGUUGGUACUCCCAGACCAUUUCCCAGAGAGGAGUAGACUUCAGAGGGAGGCAGAGUACUUCAAACUUCCAGAACUGGUCAAGAUAUUGGCACCAAAAUUAAGCAAGCAAAACUCUGUAGGAGAUGAUGCAAGUGACUCUGAAGAGCAGUCUCCUAAUGUAGAGUUCACAAGGAACCUGUCAUCUGUGAGUGCCACCCUUGCUGUUACUUCAGGUAAUUCAUCUACCAUACAAGACCUCCGUCGCUCUGGUUUUAUUACCAUAGGUUACAGGGGCUCUUACACGCUGGGCAGAGACAGUCAAACAGAUGCCAAAUUCCGACGGGUUGCAAGGAUUAUGGUAUGUGGCAAGACCUCCCUGGCUAAAGAGGUAUUUGGGGACACACUGAAUGAGAGCCGUGAUCCUGACAGGCCCCCUGAACGGUAUACAUCUAGAUACUACCUGAAGUUCACCUUCCUGGAGCAGGCUUUUGAUAGGCUAGCAGAUGCUGGUUUUCACAUGGUUGCCUGCAAUUCAACUGGAACCUGCGCCUUUGGUCAUGAUCAAACAGAUGACAAGAUCUGGACAUCUUACACUGAAUAUGUUUUCUACCGUGAGUGAUACAGUAAAAUAUUAUUACUCCCCUCUUAUCCUCUGCCUUUUGCCCCACCUUGUGUAGAAAUAGACUUUAUAUCAUCC